AAGAUGGACUGAAACACAUAGAUGACUCUGUGGUGUUGGUGCGAUCUAGUAUAGCCUAUGUGAAAGGAUCACAUGCAAGAAAAGUAAAAUUCUUGGAAAUUUGUAAGCAAUUGGGAUUACAAAGUAGUAAGGGCUUACGUGCUGAUGUCUCCACAAGGUGGAACUCAACCUAUCUCAUGCUUGAUUCUGCAUUAUUUUAUUGUAAAGCAUUUGAGAACCUUGGACUAGUGGAUGACAACUUUAAAACUUGUCCUAGUUCUGAACAAUGGUUGAAGAUUGAGAGAUUAACGAGUUUUUUGUAUCCCUUCUAUGCAAUUACUGUUUUGCUUUCUGGUUUCAAGUAUCCCACAGCAAAUUUAUAUUUUGAAAAUGUUUGGGAGAUUCACAAAAGUUUAUUAGAAGAGGUAUCACGUGGGCUCAACUUUAUGAAGCCAAUGGCAGUGGAAAUGAAGAAAAAAUUUGACAAAUAUUGGAGUGAAUAUAGUCCAAUUUUGGCCAUUGCUUUGGUGUUUGAUCCUCGAUAUAAACUUAGUUUUGUGACUUGGGCAUUUUCUAAGCUUUGCAACCUGGAUUUAAAUGCAUCUACAAUGUGCAACAAUGUGAGGAAUUCUUUAUAUCAAUUGUUUGAUGAGUACAAGAGUAUGCAACCAAGUGAUUAUGAUGUUCCUACACUUACCCAUCGUCCUGGGAGAUCUAGAACAAGAUUUGAAUUUAUGGUAUCCGAGCUUGCUGAGAUGGAUAAUGGAAAUAAAUCUCAAUUGGAUAUAUAUCUAGAUGAACCCAAGGUCCCAUUCAAUGAUAAUGAAUAUGAUGAGUAUGAUGUGUUGGCAUUUUGGAAAGCAAAUGGGUCAAGGUAUCCAGAUGUGGCUCGAAUGGCUCGUGAUGUCUUGGCUAUACCAGUUUCCACAGUUGCUUCAGAGUCGGCUUUUAGCGCAGGGGGCCGUGUUAUUGAUAAAUAUCGGAGCAAACUCCUACCUACCAAUGCUGAAGCAUUAAUAUGCCUUCGGGAUUGGAUGUUUGAUAUAGACUUCAGAGCUGAGCCUUUUGAUGAUCCCACUGAUGUGGAUAAUGCACUUGGAAAUAUACUGGAACUAUUGCACAUUGAAAAUGAGAGAGGUGCAGUAGCUAGUUCUUCAGCUGGUCCUACUCCUAGAGAAGGAUAAGCUCAAUGUGCCUGCAACAAGAGAAAGACCUUCCUAGGUACCUGCAAAUUCUAACAUCUCUGAUUUGUUUGCUGGUUGUUAUUGCUUUUUGCAUGCUGUGGUAGUUGCACAACAACAUGGGUUAUCCAAAUUUAUAUCUUCAAGGGGUUUAUUCUGUUACAUAUAUUCAUUAGUUGAACAUUGGUUAGUGCUUUAGGUAUUAUAAUGCCUCUAUUGCUUGUUAUUUUCUGUAUGGUCUAACUGUAGAUGAUUUGAUAAGGUUUGUCUUUGGAUAUACCUGUGGAUAAAUGACAACAGUGUUGUGGGAGCCAUUGGAAAGAUAUUUAUUGCAGGUUUGUCUUUGGAACUAUAGCCUUAUUGCUUUACAGUCUAAGGGAUCUCAUGGUGAUCAACCUGGACUUUUUUCUUAAUAUUUCUACAUGAUAUCUUCACUUGUUGAUGUGCAAUUGUUUGUUCAUUUUUUUCCCAGUCGCAUCUUUUACUGUAGCACUUGGUUUCAUUUUUUUGUGGAAGGAAGUGAGUCUUCUCAAUUUUAAAGCAUUUACAAUUGAUCUAGAUUUCUAUUAACAUAGUUGUCAAGGUGUGCCUUGGCGGCUUGUUGGUGUCAUUUUUGUUUUUCACCUCUCCACCGCCUUGGGUCAUUUAGCCACCUUGACAACUAUGCUUUUCAUGUGUGUGCUUUGUUUAGUUUAAAAGCUUUUGGAUCUACUGGAGUUAUUGUCAUAUCUUUUGUUCUACUUGUAGAUUAUUUUUCGUUUUUUAGGCCUUAUAAUAUUUUCAAUGACAAUUAAUUUGUAUAUAUUGUAAGAAAGAUAAAUCGGUAGUUGCUGCUGUUCUUGUUGGGAAAACUUUUCCCUGUAUUAGUGUUCUACUGUAUGCUUGAAUUUUAUUUUUCACUCGUGGGGUUUGAAAUAUAGUUUUCAUUUAUCUUGCUAAUGAGAAAACACUAAUUCUUUCUGCUUUCAGGUGUUGAGAAAGCUUGUGGAUGAUGCAUCAAAGUUUUUGAAUGACAAGGCACUAGCAUCAAUGCCAAGAGAAGAAGAAUGGCGCACGGUUUCAUUUGUUUCAAAAUUCCAAAUUUCUUUAGAAAUUCUAGUCUUAGUGAGAAUUAUAUUCCUAGUAUAGUGUGGAAUUCUGUUUGAGUUUUGCUUUUAGUUUCUUUCCACUUCAAACUAUUUUUACCUGUCUUCGUCUAAGGCUCCAAGUUGUAUAAGGUCUCUAUUGAUACAAUCUUGUUUUGAAUUGGUUUUCUAUAUCUCAUCAAGUCCUAGUUAAUUAACAAUCUCCAAACAUAAUAAUAUAAUGGGGAAUUGUUAACUAGUUUUAAGUUAAAUAGUUAAUUAGUUUUAAGUUAAAUAUAUUGGUUGUUUUUCAUUUUUCAAAUAUUAAUUGAAUUGUCAAAUAUUGGUUUUCAGCAGGUCAGUUUAUUGUUUCCUAAUGGCUCCACCAUACCGGUUUAAAAAACCGAUCCAAACUGAAAUCAACUUGAUAAAACAAAACCGGUAUCAACCCGAAC